CAUGUCCUGUAAAUUAAUCUGAUACUGGCGACGCUAAAGCUGCACGUUAGCCGCUCCGUGUCCCUCCAUCCUCUUUACUAGAGAGUCGCGAGGCCACAGAUGUCCCCCCUAAGUCACCACCGGAGUGAUGGAGUAAUGGAAGGAUGGAUGGAUGGAUGGAUGGAUGGAGUGGUACCUGCCAAUAGCUGGAGACUCUCUGCUUUCUGCGAGUGCUGUAAUCUGAAUAACAGCUUUUACUGGCUGGGAUAUAUGUAUCGACCGGCUUCAGAUUUUUGCAACUCGUUCCCUCCCCCGCUCCCCCCCCCCCUGCAUCCCUCCUCUUCCUCCCUCAUCAUCGCGUCAUCCCGUUUGCAGCCAGUCUGCCUCCAGCUGCGUAUCGACAGCUGCAUCAUUCCACCCUGCUGAGUUAUCGGGAUUUGUUUGCUACUUUUUCCUGCUCUGUAUUGAAGCUGUCCCUGCUGCACCUCUGUGUGUGUUAUUGGGUGUUGUCCGACUAAUUGUUAUUGACUUGAGUUUUUUUUUUUUUUUAUAUAUUAUUCAUAGAUUUUUUUUUUUUUUUUGCCCCACCUCCUCCCGGGGAAAGGGAACCCACACAGAGGAUGUUCACGUCUUCAUCCAGACACUCUCUGUUCUCGCCCUGGUCGUCCAUGGAGCAGUCGGACUCUGAAGUGUUGGACAUCAGCACCAAGGUGCAGCUGCACGGCGUCCUGUGGAAGAGGCCCUUCGGGCGGCCGUCGGCCAAGUGGUCCCGCAGAUUCUUCAUCAUCAAAGACAGCUUCUUGCUCUACUAUGCAGAGAGCGAGAAGAGAAGCUUUGAGACCAACAGGUACUUCAACAUCCACCCGAAGGGCGUCAUUCCUCUGGGAGGAUGUGUGGUGUCAGCCAAUGAGGACUUGGGGAUGCCCUUCGCCAUCGUGAUCAACCUUGAGGAUUUCACUGGUACCAUCGUCCUGGCUGCUGAGUCUGGGGAGGACCAGGUCCAGUGGAUGGAGAUGCUCCAGGAGUCAGGGAAAGUCACGUGGAAAAACGCGCAGCUCGGGGAGGCCAUGAUCGAGAGUCUGGAGGCUCAGGGGCUGCAGCUGGCCAAGGAGAAGCAGGAAUACCUGGAUAAACUGAUGGAAGAGACAGAGGAGCUCAGUCACCAGCGGGCGCAGAGAGAGGAGCUGGAGCGUCUCAACCAGAUCCUGGAGGAGGAGAAAAUGAAGUAUGAGGAGGUGGUGCUGGAGCUGAAGGCGGAGCAGGAGCAGAUCAAACUCGACCUGGACGGCACGUCUCAGUCCCUGAAAGGCGUUGAGCGUGAGAAGGAGGAGCUGAGCUGCUUGACGGUUGCGCUGCAGAAGUCUAUUGAGGAGCUGUCUCAGGAGAAGCAGCGGACCCUGGAGCUGCUGGGGGUGAAGGAGGAGGUGAAGGAGGACAGUCCGGAGCUGAGCUGCGAGGCCGCGGAGGACGAGGGGGAGCUCGGAGACGGGGACCUGCUGCGGGACCUGCGACACAUCGAGGAGCAAAUGAAGCUGCUGCUGAAAGAGAAGGAGCAGGCUGACGAGAUGCUCAGAGAGAACGCGACGCGUGCUCAGGUCCUGCAGCAGGAGAGGGAGUACUACUCGUCUCAGGCCAGCACCCUGCAGCAGUCGCUGUCUCAGCUCAGCGUCGACAAGCAGCAGACGGAGGCCGAGCUCAAGGCGGAGAUGGAGUCUCGGGUGGAGUUGGAGAAGAAGCUGAAGCAGGCCGAGGAGGCUCUGCAGGACCUGGAGAAAGGCCUGAACUCACUGGACCGAAGCAAAGAGAGAGACGAGAAGAUGAAGGGGGACGUCACUCAUCUGAGGAAGUUCUUUGAGGAGUGUAUCUGCGCUGCAGAGAUCGAGGCCAAGCUCCCGUCCAUCAUGAAGAACGCCGUGUACCUUCACAAAGCUGCUGCACGCAGAAUCAAGAGCUGCCGGAUCCAGAGGAGGGCCUCCAGACGCCACUGGUUGCAACACUCAAAGUCGUUCGCCGUGGCCAACAGCGGCGACGGCGACAGCUUUCAGGAGCUGAGGGAGAAGGCCCGGAGGCUGACCUCCGACAGCAGCUUCAGAGAGAGCGUGUACAAGAUCAUCACCCGCAAGGACGCCGCAAACAAACCCGAGGACUGAGGCCGGAGGAGGGUUCAAAGAAAAGAGGAGGAAGAAGAGCAGCAGAAUUAAACGAAGCCACUGUUAAAGUAUUGCAGGUGAAUGUGCACAGAAAUCUGUUUGAUGGAAGGCCGGUGCAGAUUUUAGUGGAUUUUAUAAAACUUUUUCAACCAACAGCUGCAGGAACUAAACAGGGAACUAAAUCCUGACUGUGUUUCUGAUGCAUCUAGAAGUUUAAGGCAGAUUAAACUGAGUUUCCACUUCAAAAAAAUAAAAAUAAGAAAAAGGAUGAGGAUGGAAAGAAAUAGAUUUUAAUUUGCAAGAAAAGAGAGACUGGAGACGACAGCUGAUGAUCUGAUUAUUGGAAUAUUUUUACCAGCCUCAUCAGUUUUACAGCUUUUACCACAUUACUGUUGUAUUCGAUGGAAGUUUCCUCUCAUGAGGAGUGACACCACCAUCAAACCUGGCUGUUAUUUAUUCCAAACAUAACUGCAAUGGCAGUACUACAAGUAUUAUUUUUAUAUAUAUUUAUAUAAUUUGGUGCAUAUGCAGCCAGCUGUAUCCACAAUCUGGUCCAUUUAUUCACUAUGUAUUCCACAAUAAGAUCAUCUUACAGCACGCACGUUACUUUCUUUUUUACACUUUACCGACGAGGAAAUGGCAAAAAAUGUUUGAAGGAACCAUUAUCCUCUAGAGAGCAGGGAAAUGAGUGGACGAGCUCACGUUUUUGAGCUGAUGUAGUGGAAAACCAACUCAAUAAUUUCUGAUAUUCAGUGGUUCCUGGAACUGUUGGACUGAAAAUGGACGUAAGAACAAUAAAAAAUAUCGAUGUUAAAUCCAGGCAGAAGUACCAGACGGUAUCAGGGUAUCACGUUCGACAUCAGCAGAAGUGGUGAGAAGCACAUUUACUCAAAUAUGGUUCUUAAAGAUAAUAUUAUUUCCUUUUGUGCUUGAGAAAGAAAAACAAAAUAUUCUCCUGUAUUUGUCGGCAGGAGGCGGCAGAAAACUUAAGAUUUAACCUCCUGAGACCCUGCGUCCUCAUAUGGGGACAUUAGGUUUCAGGUCUGUAGUAUCUUCUUAUUCUGCUUCAUUUAGACCCGUUGUCCUCGUAAGUGGACGCCUUUAGUCUGCCAUCUAGUGGCAGCAAAUGAUAGCAAAUUAUUUUAUUUUAUUUUAUUUUUAUGGAUGAAACGUGUCUAUUUAUGCUUAUUAACGUCUCUCGUUUGAUGUGAUGCGCAAAUGUAACUAAUUCUAUCUGUAGUGAAAAACUACAGUGUCACUAACUAGCAAGUCCCCGUUUGAGGACGUUGGUACUACAUGUUGUGUAGAUGAUGCUUCGUUUUUAAAUUAACAGUACUUAGAAAAAUAAGAGCUCAGGUCUCAGGAGGUUAAUUUUGAAAUGGUAAAACUACUUUUUGGUUUAAAAAUCUAUUUUUGACAUUUAAAUAAUAGUUUGAGGUUUAAAGAAUUCACAAAAAAUAUGAGGGAAAACAUUAAAGAAAAAAAAGAAAUUGCGUCAUUUUGUUUUCUGUCCCAUCAGUUAGUUCAGGACCAAACUGAUUUAUUUUUAUUUUAUUUUAUUUUAUUUUAUCUCUCUGUAUGAGUCAAACCUUUAUUUGAGAACAACUUGAGACCAAAAUAUUUACUUUUAUGAAUUAGUAGUUACAAAAUCUACUGUAAAAUGAUGCAUUAAAAUAAAACCUAGGUUUUUACCCUAAUGAGUUCUUCUUCCACCACUGAACAUUUAUGCUUUGGCCUGUUAGAUGUUUAAUUGUUAACCAGUUUUAUCCGAACGAGUCCAUCUAUAAUAAACCUACAGUUAAGUUUAGCAGACAGCACACAGAAUGCGAACCCAUCUUGUAAAAUGUUUCUUUUUAUUUUUCCCGUUUUGAUUGUAUGCACAGAUUGUGUUUUUUUGCUUUGAGAGGGUCGAUGGAAAACUAAACGAUAAAUGAAGUCACAGAUGUGCCCGAUAUCAACCACGACCGUUUCGUUAUUGCUACACCUGACGAUCCUUUCACCUCGACGAUGUAGCGCAGUGAGAUUCACCAAAGCGAGCGUUUAAUGAUCAUGUACAAAUGAUAAACAACCGAGACAGAAAGGAAGCCGGGGGAAGGUCAGAAGGAACAGACUGUGGACUGAACAACAUGCCUUGAUGCUAAUAAAGCUUUGUUUGAACCUUG